GUGGUGUCUUAGCAACCUGUAGCAUUUGUUGUCCUGAAACUAAUGCGUCGAAGAAUCUCCCGUUCCUCUUAAAGUUUGAAUAAUAUACCCCAACUAAUUUAACUUUUUAUGAAGCAAACCUAACUGACGUACAGACUGUGGUUAAGAGUGAUUCGUCAGCCACGUUUACCCGGAAUUAACUUACAUUAUACUCGCUGCGACAACAUACAAAACAACCGGUCGUGUCGCGGUUUAUCCUGCCAGAGGUAGAAAUGAUGAUAGAGAAGCUAAGUUUAGCUUGUGACAGACUGCUAUCACACCAACAGCUAGCAUGCUGCCAGCGUUACUGUGGCAUACCACUGCAUGGCAAGGAUAUGCUGAUUUACAAUAAUAUGGACGUACAACAGAAGUCCCUGCUGCUGACUGGCCACCAUGGUGACAUCAGUGCCAUGACUUUUGGACAAGGAAGCAGACCUGUCAUGCUUUGCUCUGCCUCUGCUGAUUAUAUCAUUGUCUGGGAUAUUGAACUGUGUGCAACGAGAACAAAUGAGGGUAAAAUUGCAGCUGGAAUAGUUAUCGGAACUUUACUGGGUGAAGUCGUCCAUCUUUCUUUCUGUUUCUCUGAUGAACGAGUGGUUGCAUGCUCAGGAAAAACUGCAUAUGUUCUCAGCUCAAAGAGACAGGAAGUGAUCUCUGCCUUGACUGGCCAUCUGGGCCCCUUAACAUCAGCAGAGUUCUGUCCCUGGAAUAAAGAUAUUCUUGUCACCACGUCUGAGGACCGCACCUUCAAGGUUUGGGAUUUAAAAACAGAAGCUGUUGUCCAUCAGUCAUUCGUGCUUUCAGCCACACCACUGCUCAGCGUGUUCUUCUUGGAGGAUGAUAGGCAGCUGAUUACUGGCUCAACUGAUGGACAGGUGUGGUGCUUUUCUCUCAGUGUUGACGGUAAGUGUCACCUGGUGGCUAAAAUGGACAUUCAGAAGAUGGAAAAGAGACAUCAAAUGCAGCAAGAGGCUGUGAGCCAACAAGCAGCAGUUGCUGAACAAUCAGCUGUGGAGACUUCUAAACCUGUCAUCAAAAUGGCUUUAUGUGGUUCAUCAACGGAUACUAAUACUGACCAUAAAAAAGACAACAGCUGGUUUUGUAUUGGAAGCUCCGAUGGCCUAUAUGUAGUGGAUUUGGCCACUUCAGAACUCGUAACGGCACUGUAUUUCAAAGAUUACCCCAACCUGAGCAUCAGAAUGGCUGGGUCAUGGUCAAUAUCACCAGGGAGCAAUAACUCUAUGUUGGUUUUAGUGAGCUCUUUGUUUACUCCAAAUGUGGUUCUGUUGGAGUUGCGUCUGUGUGACUUCGGGCAGAUCCGGGCUGGUGGUGAAGGCUUUUCGGUGUUUCCAAGUGCUCCCCCACUGCUUGACUCUCCUCUGAAAGUUGAGUUAAAGAAGAAGGAACCCAACCAUCCUAAAAAGAAAGCAGGUAUAAAGGACCAGCCUUUGGUUUUCCACACAAAAGUGAAGUCAUCUGGAUACACCAGUGCCCCAAGAAUGACAAUGUUUUCACCCAAAACAAAUGUUCAGAAGAUUUCUUCCCCUAAAAAGGCUCACAAAAAAACAGGUUUACUCCACAGAGAUUACCCAGCAGACAGUGCGGCACCAACUAUUCCAUGUAUUGAUUUAAGCGUUGCCGGCAAACAAGUCUCAUGCCUUCAGUAUUCAGGUGACGGAAAACAAAUCCUGUGUGGUCUUGGCGACAGCUCAGUGUUACUGUAUAAGUCCUGCCUUACUGGCAAUCCAACUGUCUACUUAGGGCACGACAAGCCAGUGAGCGGUGUGAGCUGGAGCCUCAGCAGACAGUGGUGGUUGAGUGCGUCAGAAGACCUGUCACUACGAAUCUGGACGCACUGCUGCUCGGAACCUGCAAUUAUCAUGGGCAACACCAUGUUCUCCAAACCCAUUAAAGGUGCUCAGUUUUAUUAUCUUGACAAAUUUCUACUUCUGGCUUCUGGACCCAUUCUAUACUUGUACUUGUAUAAUGUGGACAACACACGUGAUGACAUAAAAAGAUGUCAGCAACGGAGUGUGGUGAGACAGACAGGAUGCUUUACAACAACAUCAGCAACACACAUCACAGCCUUGUCUGCAAUCAAUGAUUUCUUCUCUUACAUUGUCCUGGUGUGUGGCUCAGAUCGGUCCAUUCAAGUAUUUGACAUGAACAAAGGUACAGUUGCCUCAGAGCUGCCUGAUGCCCACAGCAGAGCCAUCCACUGCAUCACACAGAACAAGGGAUCCGCGUUCAGUACACAGGCUCCGGAUUCCUACAACCUCUUCCUCACAAGUGCAGUCACAGAUGGUGUGAAGAUCUGGGACCUCCGCACACUUAGGUGUGUACGCCGCUAUGAGAAUCAUGUAAACCGCUGCCAUCCUUGCUCUUCAGCCUUCUCACCAUGUGGCCGAUUCAUAGCAUCGGGCUCUGAGGAUAACUGUGCCUACGUGUAUGACAUCCGUAGCAGCACCUACCUCCACAAACUUCCAAAACACUCAGACACAGUGCUCAGUGUAGCUUUCCACCCUGCCAAACCAGAGCUGCUGACUGGAACCCUGGAUGGGAAGCUCAGACUGUUUCAGUCCAGCAGUGGGUCUUAUUUGUCUCUUGACACUAGUGCUGCUGGGCACAGUGUCCCCAACAUGACUGCAUAACAACAGUUGGCUCCUGCAAAGACCAUUCUGGUUUCAUUAAGACAUUUCCAACCCACUUGCUGAGAUUUCAAUGGGAAAGGAGAACCUAAGAGUUUCUUUUUUUUUCUGUUGGUCUGACAAAGAUCAGAAACCAAAGUUUUUCUACAGCUACACUUCAAAUUGCAAAAGAGACUUCCCACUUCAGGUCACUCAUCUUUCUUAAAUUCUCUGUUUAUACUAUUUUUUGUUCUGCCUGAGACAAAGGAACAUCAGUGUUUUGUAUGACCGUCUCUCACUAGAUUAAUUUAACCUCAUUAGAGUGACUCACUAUUUACUUAGUUACAGAUAAUUGCCGCCAACUUUGCCAAAAACAACUGUAUUAGCCCUUAUUUCCAUCUGUUGCGCUUUCUGGAUAGUCCAGCAUCACAUUUAGUUUGUUCGGUAUGUGGAACAGAUGUACUUAUAUAUCACUGACUGUGGCCGCUACUUAGUAGAACAGCACGUAGAGCUAUGACAUCAACUGGGUGCAACCUCUUCGACUGCCAGACACACAGAUGCUCCUACUGUUCAAACUGACACACCCGACCACAUUGUUUGAGCUGUACAUUUACUCUUUGCUACAUCAGUCACAACAAUAUGUCAGCUGCACUGAUAUGUGUAGAGCAGAAUACAAUCUUACGAAUUUACAAUUUUCAAUAAAGAACUACGUUGUUGGUAAUGUC